AUGUCCUCCAUCAUCAAGACCUCCCAUGCUGAUGAUUGUCCGGCAAACAUCCCGGGAGGCAAAAUCGCCGUCUCCUGGAAACAAAACAGAGAAUCCGAUGAAGGUAGCAUAGCAGAUACAUGCGACUCUGGUCUUUACGACAUUGUCGCUCUGGCAUACCUUCAUGUCGGCCAAGAUGGCCCUCUUGGAGCUGUGUCCUUAGAUGGCAUUAAUCUUGCAAAUAUUGAUUACAGCACUGGGUCCUGGGUCGACCUUGUGGAGGCAAUCUAUGGUUAUUCGACUCAAGACAGAAAGAUUUACAUAUCAGCAUCCCCACGUUGCAGCAUCACUGCCUUCGACAGCGCACUCGCUACAGCGUCAGAUAGCCCUGUUGCAGCAUCCAAUGGUUACAUUUCACCAGAAAAAUUAAAAUCCGAGGUUCUUCCGAAGGUGAAGGAAUCUUCCAAUUUUGGUGGAGUCAUGAUCUGGAACAGGUACUACGAUAAGCAAACAAGCUACAGUGCUAAGAUUAAGGAAGCUUUCAGCUCGAAAGUUUGUGAAUGUGUCUGCCAUGAUGCUGCGUCGAAGAGAUUCAACAGUUUCUAG